AUGGUUGCGGUGGAAGAUGCUUCGUUUGCCAUGGAGGAAGAGAUUCUUAGACAAGACCUCUAUGGCAACACCUUCUGGGAGUUCAAAGAUGCCCUCAAUCACAACCGAUGGCGUCGCAUCGUGAAAGGUCGACGAAGAGCCACUCUCUCCUCCCUUUCGGAUGUCCAGAUCUCACCUCAGUGGCAUCAGUGGCUGCGCCAAACCCGCCACGAUCCUCCGACCCUGCAAGAACAAGCCGCCGAUGUGCAAAGACAAGCUCAACUAAAGGUUAUGGCGAGGCUGGCCGAUGAAAAAUGGGCUGCAAAGGCAAGGUACAUUGAGAAACCAACGCCAACGCCAUCGGUCAUCGCUCCGUCGUUGCCCGGUGGCCUCCAAAGAGAUCGAGCUCGAGCAGAAGAUAUUCACAGCCAGCCGCCACAAUCAGAAAAUAUGAGCAACAGCAUCGGAAGCAACAUGGACCAGCAGAAGAAAUCAAGGCCCACAGGCUCAAACCCUGGAGCAAAUUGGGCUCCGGAAACAUGGGUUCCCGGUACUGCAAAACGAUGA